AUGAUACCAUUCAUUCUGCCCGAAUUACCUCCUAAUACUGCACCAACAGCUGACCAACAACGUGCUCUUCAUGACAUUGUUCAAGUUGUUAGGACCAUCUUGAAUAUGAGCCAAGAUGACAUCACUGCUCUAGGAGUUGGAGGUCAAAACUACCUCACAGUCAACUCUUGGGCCAAUCUAAACCAACCGAACCCCAAUGGUCCGAGUCUUCUCUCUCGUGAUAUCUAUAAUCGUUUCGUACGAUUCGUCAACUCCGCCCCUGCUACCAUCCAAGUUAUCAGAACUAAUUUGGUGAAUACCAAUCACCAUUUAGCCGCUGCUAAUGCCGAGAUUAACCUUGCCAAUGCUAGAGCCGCUGAAGCUGAUGCCAGAUCCACUGCAGCUGAUGCCAGAGCCACUGCAGCUAAUACAAGAGCUAAUGCUGAAGCUACCAGAGCCAAUGUAGAAGCUGCCCGAGCUAAUUCAGAAGCUGCCAAAGUCAUUGUGGAAGCUGCAAGAGCGGAGAAAGCCGAGGUGAGCCUUGCCAUUGUCAGGAUUACUUUGAUGCAGAUCGAUGAGAAUGCGAAAGAAUCCAAC